GAUGUUUCUGCUGGCUUGGGUAGAACUUGGCGACCAUUGACCUUAUCAGACCUUCAUCCUUGUGUCCGUACUACAAGCAGUUCUGACACCGACCAGUACAUACUCCCAAUUGUUCUCUCAGAUUCUGUGAUAAGUUGAGACCUCAAAAAAAGAAGUACGUAAGUAAAGUUACACACCUACAGAGUAACAUGCAUCAUGAUAAGAGAUACUGUUAUUGGAAAGUAGUAAUAGGUUUGAAAUGUACACAUUAUCAUCCUAAAUAUUGGUCAAGUGUUGGCAUUGGAUUUUUAGAAGUCAUUAGAAAAAAUUACCUAAAAUAAAAAGGUGUGGAAUUAUCAUUGACAUUGCGAACUAUUCUCCAGUAGUUGUUAAGGUAAAUGCAAUAUGAUAUACAACUGUAAGAUCUUAUGUGAAAACAUAAUUUGCAGUGGAUGAAUUAACAAAAAAAGACUAAUAUGGAAAAAAUAUGAUAGAUGACUGAAGUAAAGUGAUCUACUAGUAAUGUUGUCAUCAACAUAGAAUUAUGUAAAGUUGUGUUGUACUUCUCAGUAUUUCGCAAAAUUUUUGUUACACAGAUAUUACAUGUUAACAUUCGUGGUGCGUGUACCACAGUCAUUCAAAAUGUUCCUCUAAGCUUAUCCCACAGAUGAUACCGGUAUGAGUCAGGCUACUCUGUAUUAGUAAGUCAUAAUACACCAUUUGACUAUUGCACCUUAUCUUGUCUUUUGACUAAUUUAUAUUGUAUAUAUAUUAAUAGGGCUCAUUUAUAGACCAUCGGCAUGCAAAAUAUAAAACUUCUAUUAGAUAUUAAUUCUCAGUUAUGAACAUCUUGAGCACCUGGCCAAACAUUAGCUUAGUUUGAGGCCUCAAAAGAUUGCACAUGAGUUGUGUUUGGAAAAUGAGUUCUUCAGUAGUGAAAUACUGUAGUUAAUCACACAAGGAAUUCACUUUUCAGUAACAACCUGCUGUAUGCAGAUGUGCAGUGAAAGAGUCUGUAGCAUGAAAGCAAAAUAUACAAUCUAUUUUUGAACUGUGAUCUGAGCAAUUUUGAUUUAUGUACUUCUGUUCUAGCACAUCACCAGUGAAUAGUAUGAAAGGUAAUUCAUUCUUUUUGUUUUAAAAAACUCAAAGUUAUAAAGUCAAUAUUUUUCUUAUACUGUAUUUAUCUGAUAUGAAGGUAAAUUUGGUACAUCAGUAAUAGAGAAUAUGAUCAGUGAUAAUAAAUAUAAUCAACAUGUGUUUUAAGUUGCUUGGUAAAUGAGAGGUGUAAUAUUCAUGCUUGCCAUAGGACUGUACCCUUAUAAUGGCAGAUAGGUUACCAUUUAACUCCCAGUCUGCCACGAGGUUAGAUUGUCAUUAAUAAUUCCCAUCACAGAAUCACUUCAUUUUGUUUAAAUUUAUUGUGCAGUCAUGACUUGUUUGCAAAUAAAAGGGCCAGCUAACCUUUGCAGUUCAUAGUUAAGAUUUGUUGAGAAGCAAAUUUUCUCUAGCAUCAAGUUUUUAUAAGUACUGCAUGUGUGAUAAUGGUUUCAUGAGGUAAAUUAAUGUUGGCCAAAUAGUUUAAGGAAUUACAGUACUAGAGAAAUAUACUUACAACAUUCCCCCUGAUUAUAUGCAUACAGCUUACUAAUGAGAAGUCAUCAUUCAUUUCUCAGGGGGAAUACUUAUCUUAAAGAUUAUGAAUAUCAUUAAAAAACGAACAAUGCACGGAAAAGGCUUGUGAAAAUUUAUAUUUUUAUUAUUUUUCUUGUUUGUAAGAGAUAUAUUUUUCAUUUAUAGGAGUGUUAACUUCAUGGUACAAAGUCCAUCUGUAAAAUACAACAGCCAUGGGAAAAGUUUUUCAGUACAGUAUGUAAUAAGACAGUUUCCCUCCUACACAGCAUUGUAUUAUGAUGACAGUUGAUUUUUUUUU